GAAAUCGGAUAAGUUGAAAUUGAAAUAUUUUUGAGUAGAUAAUAUAUAAUGUUUCACAUUUCGAGAGUUUUAGCAAUAGCAAUAGCAAUAGCAAUAGCAAUAGCAGCUAAACAAAAACCCAGAAUACAGACAUCGCUCACUUGUUUGUCCCUACAAAACAAUUCUCCAACAUUUCCAUUAACAUCUUCCCAUUAUUUUAUGCAAAAAAAGCUGGAAACUUUCCAAUCAGAUUCGCACUAACUUUCUCAAUCUAUACCGGCAUUACAACUCCGCACUCGCAGCAGCAUCGAUUCUCUUAAUGGCCUCCAAAACCGCCGUCGUUGCAUGGGGUUCCGGGGAAGACGGCCAGUUAGGAAUCGGAAACAAUGAAGAGAAAGAAUGGGUCUGCACCAUCGACGCCCUUAGCUCCGAAAAAAUUUGCUCCGUUGUCGCCGGCAGCCGCAAUUCCCUCGCUAUAUGUGAAGACGGCAAGUUGUUUACUUGGGGUUGGAAUCAAAGAGGGACCUUGGGGCACCCGCCGGAAACCAAAACUGAGAAUGUUCCUAGUCAAGUUAAGGCUCUUGCAAACGUCAAAAUAGUUCAGGCUGCUAUUGGUGGUUGGCAUUGCUUGGCUGUUGAUGAUCAAGGCCGAGCCUAUGCGUGGGGCGGUAAUGAGUACGGGCAGUGUGGUGAAGAACCUGAGCGUAAAGAUGAUACAGGCAGACCGGUUAGAAGAGAUAUUGUGAUUCCACAGAGAUGUGUGCCAAAACUUUCAGUUCGUCAGGUCGCAGCUGGUGGGACGCAUUCAGUAGUUCUAACACGGGAAGGACACGUUUGGACGUGGGGUCAACCAUGGCCUCCCGGUGAUAUAAAACAAAUUUCCACUCCAGUCCGAGUGCAAGGCCUUGACAGUGUGAGAGUUAUUGCAGUUGGAGCAUUUCAUAACUUAGCCCUUCUUGAUGAUGGAACUGUAAUGGCAUGGGGCAAUAAUGAGUAUGGCCAGCUUGGAAUCGGUGAUACACAGCCGAGAUCACAACCAGUUGCCGUCCAAGGACUAUCUGAUCUUAAUUUGGUUGAUAUUGCUGCAGGAGGAUGGCAUUCUACUGCAUUGACCGAUGAUGGAGAGGUGUACGGCUGGGGUAGAGGGGAGCAUGGGAGACUGGGUUUUGGAGAUGACAAGAGCAGCAAAAUGGUUCCUCAAAGGGUUCAACUUCAAGUAGCCGACGAAACAGUGCAGGUGUCUUGUGGAGGUACGCAUUCUGUCGCGUUAACACAGGAUGGUCGCAUGUACUCGUUCGGACGAGGAGACCACGGUCGUUUAGGUUAUGGAAGGAAAGCAACGACCGGGCAUCCGGCAGAAGUGCCUAUAAACAUCCCUCCUCCCAAGGAUGUGACUGCAGAAGGCCGUUGGUGUGCGACCCUCGUUGCUUGUGGUGGCCGCCACACGCUGGCUCUCGUAGAAUGGCGUGAUCAUGAACCUGAGGAGCUGCUCUGAAGGAAGCUUUUUAUUACUAUGAUCGAUCCGGACGCUUGGUAUUCACACACUCAAAAGGGGACGGGGAAAACGAGGCAAGGCGUAGCCGGAAACAAGAUCUGGGCGUUAGAAUCUGCUGGUAAACGUUUCAGCAUGCAGAAGCAGCAAGUAGAGUAGUUGAGUCACUCCUGAUAUAGUGAUGAAUGCUUCUAGUGUUUGCUGUCAAAUUAUAUAUGUAUGUUCAUCAAGAUUAUGAGAUUGAAAA